AUGCACUUCGCCGAAUCUCAGCAUCAUUUGGUGCGAAUUUUAACCAUUCUCGGGUACCCGGUUCUUCGCGAGUUCAAAUCCGAUCACUCCAAGCGAUGCUUUUUUGCGUACGCAAUCUUCACCAAAAUCAUCUCGCUGGGAACGAUAUUUUUCCACUUUUGCGAUCCGAUCCUGUUUCCGCACAAUAAGGCAACCCUUAUUUUCUUCAUUUGGUUCGCCGAAAGUGUGGUCAACCAGAUCUGCAUGACGGUGCUGACGCUCAACAACAUCAUAAAAGAUAACUCACUGCGCAAGGUGUCCACCCUGCUGGAAGAUCUUCAGUCGACCUUUGCCAUCGAUUGCUCCCAACUUCGCCGCACUUCCGACGUCGUCACGUUUUUCGUAAUAAUUCUUUACUUUUUUGUGUUCAUACCAGUCGUCUUUCUGAGCAAAAAUGCCUUCAGCGUACCUUCUUUGGUCAUAAAAAUCCUGUACACAAUAGACGGCAUAAGUUUCACGCUCUACGAAGUUUACCUACUGAUGCUGCUUUGGUCCCUGGAAAAGCUCAUAAUCGCGAUAAACUUUCGGAUGAUUUUCGCGUUUACCCUGGGAAAAUCCCAACCGGUGGUUCCCCUGCUAACCGGACACAGUAAAGUGCUUCAGUGUGUUGAACUGAUCAACCGAUCGUUUGGGCUGUUUCUACUGUUGAUGACGUUGGAGAUGCUGUUCUUGCUGACGGGGAAUUUGUACUGUCACGUGUUCGGGAUAUGGCCGGUGGUGGAAACGGAACGGGCCUACCUGACCACCAUCAAGACACUCAUCUGGAUUGGGCCUCAGCUGGCACUGUGGCUGGCGGUGAUUAUAAAGUGCAAUCGCUUCUAUUACUUGGCCAACGAGACCGCACUCUGCACGAGACACUUUGACGAUUACAGCAUGCAAAACACCAAAGUGACGAGGCAAAUCAACAAGUUUCUGCUGAAGAAUCUUCACCAGAAGAAGAAGUUUUCCGCGUACGGAUUCUUCGACAUUGACAACAGUGUGAUUUACACGGUUUUUAGCUCGAUAGUUACUUACUUGGUGAUAUUGAUUCAGUUCAAGCAGUUGGAAAAUGAUUUAACGAAUGAGAAUGGAGGUGGCAACGACACAAGUGCAACAUGA